GGGGCGCGGUGCGGGCGCCGAGCCGGGCGCUGCAGUGUGCGCGCUGAGCUCGGGUCUGAGCAUCGUGGGAUCCCAUGGGCGCGGCACUGACAAGGUCCGCGCAGUGGACGGCUGCGGGGCACGGGGCUAGGGCCCUGGAAACUACCCCUCUCAAUGAGGCGAUACUGAAGGAAAUUAUUGCGUUUGUGGAGAGUUUUAUCUAUAAACAUCCCCAAGAGGCAAACUAUGUUUUUGUAGAACCACUGGAAUGGAAAACCAAUUUGGACCCCUCAGCCUUUGGAUCAGGUUAUGUUGUCAGUGAAACAACAGUCAAGUCAGAAGAAGCUGAUAAAAAUGGACAGCCUUUGCUAUUUCUUUCUGUACCACAGAUUAAAAUUAGGAGCUUUGGGCAGCUGUCAUGUGUGUUAUAUAUUGCCAAAAAUACAAAGCUGAAGGAAGCACAAGCAUGUAUUGAAGCAAACAGAAGCCCCAUAGCAAAAAUCCUGGGCUUGGAUUAUGAUAUGAUAAAUGAAAUAAAUGAAGACUCAUCUGUAUUAACUAUUCUUGAUAAAAUUACCAAAGAUGAUGAUCCUGAACGUGAGAUUAAGAUGAAGAUCGCCCUGCUACUCAAGCAGCUGGGUCUGCACCUACUCAAUCGUUCUCUGAAAAAUGUUUCCUUAGAAAUACGAUUAAAUCCAGGGACUGUUAAGAAUGAUAUAGAGCUGCUUAAACGGUUCUCAGGAAAGGGAGAACAGACAGUCUUGGAAUCUAUCGAGUACACCUCAGAUUACGAAUUUUCAAAUGGAUGUCGAGCCCCACCUUGGAGACAAAUUCAAGGGGAAAUUUGUUAUGUGCUGGUGAAACCACACGAUGCUGAAACUUUGUGCGUUACUUGUAGCAAAGAAGGAGUGUUUUUAAAUGGUGGCAAAACAGAUAAUGAGGAGGAAAUUAAUUAUGAGAGAAAAGGAGAAAUUUAUAAAGACCUUGUCACACUUUUAAGAGAAAAAUCAGCAAUAUUUUCCGAAAAUAUGUCUCAACAGGAGGUUAGAUUCAAUGAAGAACAGCGAAAGGAAAAGGAUCAGCCUAAUGAGGCACCUGAGGAGAAAGCAGCCGCUUUACAUAAAGCUAGCACUGCUUCCCGCAGGAUUGCACUGGAGAAGAAGCAACUCAGUUUGGGAAGGAGUCAGAUGACCAAGAGAUUAGAGCCAACAUUAAUCUGGAAGACCACUGUUGAUACCAAAGACAAAAGCUCACUAAGAGACACCCAAGAAGAAAAACAUGGAGGAAGACUUGAAAAGUCCAGACCAUCUACUUCACCUGGAAAAGCACAGUUAAUUCGUAAGAGUGCUGAAAAGAUUGAGGAAAUUAUUAGUGAGAGCUCCUCCGAGAGUGAGGACGAUGAAGAACCACCUGACUACCUUCAGGAAGCAAAUGGAGAUUUGCCGUCAGAAUACUGGCAAAUUCAGAACCUGGUGAAAUAUUUGAAGCGAGGAAAUCAGACGGCUACAGUGAUUGCAUUGUGUGCAUUGAAGGACUACAACUUAGCGCAGGAGACCUGCCAGUUGGCGAUCAGAGAUUUUGGAGGCCUUAACGUUUUAAUAAAUUUACUUGAGACAGAUGAAGUCAAAUGUAAGAUUGGUUCGUUAAAAAUCCUGAAGGAAAUCAGUCAUAAUCCUCAAAUCAGACGUAAUAUUGUUGACCUUGGGGGCUUGCCAGUCAUGGUUAAUAUUCUUGACUCUCCGCAUAAGAGCCUGAAAUGUUUGGCAGCUGAGACAAUUGCGAACGUCGCCAAGUUUAAGAGAGCCUGGCAGGCGGUGAGAUGCCACGGGGGCAUCACCAAACUGGUCGCUCUGCUUGACUGGAGGCAGCGUGCCAGAGGACCUGCUCAGCCGAGCCUGUACGACGCCAGCAAUGAGGAGGUGGCCCGCUGCGGGGCCCUGGCGCUGUGGAGCUGCAGCAGGAGCUCCGCGAAUAAGGAAGCCAUUCGUAGAGCUGGGGGCAUCCCUUUGUUGGCUCGGUUACUGAAGACCUCUCAUGAAAACAUGCUCAUCCCGGUAGUGGGGACCUUGCAGGAAUGUGCCUCCGAGGAAAACUGCCGAGCUGCAAUCAAAGCUGAAAGGAUAAUUGAAAAUCUGGUAAAGAACCUCAAUAGUGAAAAUGAGCAGCUGCAGAAGCAUUGCGCCAGGGCCAUCUACCAGUGUGCAGAAGAUGAGGAAACCCGCGACCUGGUUAGGCUGUGUGGAGGACUCAGACCCCUGGCUUCUCUGCUCAGUAACACUGACGAUAAGGAACGGUUGGCCGCUGUCACAGGGGCAAUAUGGAAAUGUUCCAUCAGCAAAGAGAAUGUGACCAAAUUUCGGGAAUACAAAGCCAUUGAAGCCUUGGUGGGACUUUUAACUGACCAGCCGGAAGAAGUGCUCGUGAACGCAGCUGGUGCGUUGGGAGAGUGUUGCCGAGAGCCUGAGGGCAGAGUCACCGUCCGCAAACGUGGUGGCAUCCAGCCACUCGUGGACCUCCUCGUGGGAAGAAACCGAGCUCUACUUGUCAACGUCACAAAAGCGGUCGGUGCUUGUGCAGUAGAGCCCGAGAGUAUGAUGAUAAUUGAUCACUUAGAUGGAGUUCGUCUGUUGUGGUCCCUACUAAACAGUCCUCACCCAGACGUGAAGGCCAGUGCAGCCUGGGCCCUUUGUCCCUGCAUCCAGAAUGCAAAGGAUGCUGGAGAGAUGGUUCGUUCCUUUAUCGGUGGUUUGGGACGACUUGUCAAUUUACUGAAAUCAGAUAAUGAAGAAGUUUUGGCGAGUGUAUGUGCUGCUAUUACCAAUAUAGCAAAAGAUCAAGAAAAUUUAGCUCUUAUCACAGAUCAUGGAGUUGUCCCUUUACUGUCCAAACUAGCAUAUACAAAUAAUGAUAAACUGAGACGUCAUCUAGCAGAAGCCAUUUCACGUUGCUCUACGUGGGGCAGAAACAGAGUGGCCUUUGGCGAGCACAAGGCAGUGGCUCCAUUAGUGCGGUACCUGAAAUCAAAUGACACCAACGUGCACAGAGCGACGGCCCAAGCCUUGUACCAGCUUUCAGAAGAUGCCGACAACUGCAUCACCAUGCACGAGAAUGGCGCAGUGAAGCUUCUACUGCAUAUGGUGGGGUCACCUGACCAGGAUCUCCAGGAAGCCGCAGCUGGCUGUAUAUCCAACAUUCGCAGGUUGGCUCUUGCUAUAGAAAAGGCGAGAUACACUUGAACGGACAUUAUAGCUACCAAAUGUUACACGACACAGGCCAUGUCACUCCCAGGGCCAGGAGGCCUCAACUGGGAAACAUU